CUAAAAAACGCGUUUUUAUUUUUUAACUCCAAGGUCUUCAAAAAGCAAUGCUCUCUCUCUCUCUCGUCAUCACAUAAAGGAGCAAACAAGCAUCUGCUUGUUUGUUCGCUUGUGCCUGUCCCCGCGCCCCUGCGAAGUACUAUCAUCAACUCCUUUGAGAGUGUGUGUUUCUUGGCUCUUAAGAGCUCAUUCAAAAGCUUAGUAAUCAAACAGUAAAGAGCGGGCAUACAUGGGGAAAAAGCUUGAUGCUAUUCUGGGAAGGACCUUUAAAGCCUAUAAGUUGAAAGCAGCGGCCAGUCUUGCCAUCUCUCGCAUUGCUAUAUUCAAGAACCAACGCCAGGUCAGGUGCAACCAAGCCCGCUCUGAUGUGGUUCAGCUUCUUGAAAAAGGGCAUCAUGAUCGUGCUCUUCAUCGAGUUGAGUAUUUGAUCAAGGAUCAGAAUAUGUUGGAUGUAUAUGUGAUGAUGGAAGGAUACUGCAAUUUAAUGAUAGAAAGACUCCAGCUCAUUGAACAAGAAAGAGUGUGUCCUGAUGAAUUGAAGGAGGCCAUAUCAAGCUUGCUUUAUGCUUCUUCGAGGUGUGGGGAUUUCCCCGAGCUUCAAGAAAUUCGUACUGCUUUCACCUCCCGUUAUGGCAAGGAAUUUGUUGCUAGUGCUAUUGAAUUGCGUAACAAUUGUAGAGUGAACCCAAAGAUGAUACAAAAGCUGUCAACCCGGCAGCCAGACUUGGAGGGCAGAAUGAAGGUGCUCGAGGAAAUUGCUUCAGAAAACGGCAUAAUUCUGCAACUCGGAGAGAGUUCUUCCAGUACCACUGAGGAAAAUUUGAAUGUCAACAAGCAAAAACAAGCCCAAACAGAGACAUUAACUAGUUCUUGUGGCCCUAAGCUGAUUGACGAUUUGCAAAUGUCGCCUGAAGAGAUAGAAAAAUAUGGGCUAUCUGAUUCAGCGCAUGCAAGAAAAAAGUACAGGGAUGUAGCGGAUGCAGCUCAGGCAGCUUUUGAGUCAGCUGCCAAUGCAGCAGAAGCAGCAAGAGCAGCUGUGGAACUCUCUCGAUCUGGUCCUGAUGAACCUGAUAAUCAGAACAGUCACAAUGGAGGAAGAAACAGGUCUCAGAAAGGCGAGCCCAUACAAAUUGAAUCUCAAUUUAAAACUCAAGAGAUCCACCAAAAAAAUGAAGUUGUGAAAGAGAAGGCUCCUGUAACAGAACUCAAGAGAUUGGUGUCUACUUCAAGUCUGGAAUCAGAAGAGAUUUUGAAGGUGAGUGCAACGUCCUUGGAUGCAGAGGACCCGACCAAGCAGUUAGAGAAGGAUAUAGUUUUCGAUGAGAGCGACAAUGAAAGUCACGAAUUGCAUUUCAACAGCGAGCUUGAAGGAGAGAUCCCUACAACAGAAGAUUCUAAUAAGAAAAUUUCUAAAAUCAUUCAAGGUGAUCUGAAGGUGGAUUCAAGACAUGGAUAUUCCACAGCACGUGCUACAGAAGGACCUGAUAUUCAAAGUUCACAGCGCCUAAACAUAGAGAAGGGACCGAUUUCUGUCAGGACCAGACGAGUGCGAGGAUUCUGAGAAGCAUGAGCAUAUUGAGUUUAUUAUGUUUUGGUGAGCUCUGUUAAUUAUAGGUUAUAUCUGUUCAUUCUUUUUCCAAAAUUUUGUGAACUUAUUUUGUUGUUUUGGUUGUGAGUGCCUUGUAUCUUUACUGAAUUUUGUUAAAAAACAGAGGAAUCUAUAAAGUUUCUGGCCUCUGGCUCGCUUCUUGCAA